AAAGUGUUUUAUAUUGGUGCAAAUAAAUAUGUUAACAUUUUUCUCUCAGUGUACAUUCUCUGAGAAAAAACAAUUGAAAAUUUAUUUAUGAGAUAUGAGGCUUAUUUCUGCGGAAUGCAGUUUAUUUCUGUAAAUAAACUUUCUAUUUCAGAAAUAAAUUCUCGAGUGAUGCGAUUUUUUUCUCAGUGCACGAAGAACGAUCUCGAUGCUGUCUCAACAAUCUCAAAUAUUUGAGAUCUCUAUAUAAUAUGUUUUGUUCGAGACGGUGAUAUGUCUUUCCGGAAAUGACGGAGUCAUUUGAAAAAUUCUUUUCAAAGACAUCAGCAUGCCUAACGCAUAAGGCGUGCACGGCCUUUUGCGGACUCGUGGACGAAUAAAGCCGCGAAAGCGGUGGCACGCGUGUACGCGUAUAUUUGAGCUUAUUAGAUAAACGAGGAAUGUACGCGAUUUAAACGACUCGGUUAAUCCUCGCGCAUCUGCGCCUGUUACGACGCGCGUAUGUAAAUUUCGCGUUUCCAUCUCCCGCUUGAAUUAACUUCAUACGUAGUAGCAUGAGUCGCGUUAAUGGCUGCGGCCAUUGGCAGUCUUCUCGGAAUGGUUGUCGAGCCAUAAGAAACGGUCCGUCGUGAGCUAUUCUCUUAUCAAUGAUUUCUUAUCAGAUGAUUCAUUAUUUCGAAUUCCGGUCAGAACGAACACGGUUAGUUCGAGUCGUCGGCCGGUCGCUUCACGACUCUGUUUCGAUCUACUGCCUGAAGGCAGACAGAAGUGUUCCCUCGUCUCGGCGCUUGCUUGCUGUUCCAGCAAUCUGUUUUACUAACAGUCGAUCAGCUCCGCCCGAAGUCAGUCUUAUCAACCCGAAUAAUUCAAUGUCGUGUCGACACGUGUCCAUCGCUCUUACUGGAACAGUGAAAUCGCUCUUUACGGAAACGCGCUAUCUUACUGCCCACGGCUGCAUAACAUGGAGUGAAGUGGAGUGUCGUGUCGUGCCUGUAUCCCAUAUUCGUGGCCUCGUUAAUUCUUUAUAUUCGUAAAAAUACUUCAUGCCACUCCUUAUCGCGCUUUUUAAUAACACGUUUCCCUGAUUUAUUUUAUCAUUCCUGACAAGCGCGCAAAAUAAACGUGCCUCUGCGCGUAAGGGAGAGUCGAAACUACUCGUUAUACCUCGUAAAAAUUUCUUAUAAUUAAUCUAACAAAUCAGGUCGCAAAAGUAUCUUUGAAAACUGAAAGUUCAUAAAAUGCACAAAAUUAGUUCUUACAAUUCGAAGUUACAAUUUAUCUUUCUACGUUAACAAGAAUUCUCUCAAAACUGUAUUUGUAACAACCAACCUCAUAUGCUUUGAUAGCAUAUUUUAUAGCUAGGAUUAUACGUAAGAAAGUACGAGUGUAAGAAAGAUAUGUUUCAAGCAGUCAGCGUGACUGAAAGUUCUUGCUUUUGAAGUUUCUGAAGAGACACCUGGAAUUCCAAUGAACUGAUGUGAGGGAACGAUGAUUAAGAUUAUCUUUAGUCCAUUUCUCGACAGUGAUAUUAAAAGCAUAUUAUCUCAGGGAAUACGGUCAGAAGCAUUUAUUGACACAUUAUCGCGGUGUUCUCACGAUUCAUGUUGUAUUUUUUCCCCUCACAGCGUUGUCGUUGUAGAGGUAGGUCGUGUAUAACAACCCGAUCCCGUGUAACAACUAAGCCCGCUCUCCCCCUGAAACACGAAGAAAUCUUCGGCGUAAUCGUCAGCGACGAGUGUUAGGUCGACGCUAUCGCUUAACUCAGCAUCUACUGCUGAUAACGACGUAACAAGUCGAGCUGGCCAGGCGAACGCUUAUCACCGCCCGAGAAACUGAACGCACCCAGUCUCUCUCGGCCGGCACGGUCGUCGCUCUGCUCGUCCUCUCGCACUCAUCCGUUUCCUCUUUUUUUUCCGGAGCGAAAUUGCGGUGUAUUCUCGUCGCGGUAGGCAGACAGAAAGAGAGCGGAUGCAGUCGCGGCGAGAAUAAUGAGUCUUCGUGUGUCGUUUCGAAACUAAAUCCCCCGAGCAGAGUUGUCAUCGACCGAUCGGGCUACUGAAUCGAUGUUGAGGACUUGUCAGCGCUCAGUCCGUUACCAACGAACAAUCGUCGCGCGACGCGACCGAGGAGAAACUGAAGAGCAGCUACUGGCGGUCCUUGUCUUCGUGGCUACGUGAAAGAGAGAGAGAGAGAGAGAAAGAGAGAGAGGUAAAGAAAACAGGACUGAAAGAAAGAGCGAACGCGAAAUACCUCGACCAUGGACGAUCAAGAGAGCCCGUUCGUGCGGUCGCAGGCCAGCAGGAGCCUGAUCCGGCCGCAACCUGGUGGACGAAAAUUCCUGCUUUCCCCGGCUGAAAGGGCGCGCCAGUUAGCGGCGAGUCAGCAACAGACGCCGGAAAUGAAGAGCCCAGGUACUCCGAAGCGAUUGUCGGCGGCGCACAUGCCUUUGGAGAGUCUGAAGCAGUGGGAACUGGUGGAGGACGAUAAGGGUCUGCAGGUGGUUGAGAAACGAGCUGGCGCGCCUCUGAGUCCCAUCAGGCCGAAGGAGACAAUCGCGGGGUCGUUAUACAAUAAUACUCCCGUUUCCGUAAGUCAGUUUAACGAGAAGAGCGCGAUGGGCGCCAGUGUGGUGAAAAAGCUGAGGAUGUUCAACUCGAAGAACGUCCAACCGAUCGGACUUAUGCUCGAGCAACAGCAGAGGGAACAGCCACCGCCCACGACGACGGAACUGAAGACGCCACUCAGUCUCGAUCUGAUCCUGAAGCAGCGCACCAGCUCGAUCGCCGAGAGCACCGAUAUGCUGCAACGGCUGGAGCAGCAGGUCAUGGCUAUCGAGCUAGGCACGAUCGCCGGGAGGACGCGUCAGUUGGAGAACAGCUCCGAUUUCGAGCCGGAAGUGCAGCUGAGGUACAGAGAGCACGAGGACCUGCUGCGGAACGUGACCGACGACGAGGCCGAGGGGGUCUCGUCGCUGCAUCGCGGGGACGCGACGCGGAAUUCCACCGGGAACACCGGCAUCGCGCCGAAGAAGCCCACCGUUAAGUUGUCCAGGACCGCUUCGGACACGCGGCGAGAAGUGGAGAUGCCCCUCCGGGGUCAGUCCAGGAUGCAGCAAGCUCGCACGUUCGUUCGUCGCCCGCAAGUUUGCACGCCGAUCGUCACCAAGAAGGAUCAUCAGCGUUAUCAUCAUCUGCAGCAGCAACAACAGCAGCAACAGCAACAGCAACAACAGCAGAACAACUCGGCGACCAUUCCUCUCAGGCCGUUGUCGGACAUCAUGCAGAAGGGUGUUCCGAAUGACAAGGAGACGGGGGAUGGCGUAGGGGUGUCGAGUAGCGGGAGUCGGCUCUCGUCGAGGAGCCGGACCUCCGAGGAACCUCAUAUCGGCAAGUACAAAUUACUGAAAACCAUUGGCAAAGGAAACUUUGCCAAGGUGAAACUUGCUAAACAUGUGCCCACGGGAAAGGAGGUAGCCAUCAAGAUCAUCGAUAAGACUCAGCUGAAUCCCGGUAGCCUUCAAAAGCUGUUCCGUGAAGUCAGGAUAAUGAAGAUGCUCGACCAUCCGAACAUAGUCAAAUUGUUCCAAGUAAUCGAGACUGAGAAGACACUGUACCUGGUAAUGGAAUAUGCCAGCGGCGGAGAGGUCUUCGACUACCUGGUCUUGCAUGGACGAAUGAAGGAGAAGGAGGCGAGAGCGAAGUUCAGGCAGAUCGUUUCUGCUGUGCAAUACUGCCAUCAAAAGAAGAUCAUCCACAGGGACUUAAAAGCCGAGAACUUGUUGCUCGACAGUGAAAUGAAUAUCAAGAUCGCCGAUUUCGGUUUUAGCAAUGAAUUUACGCCCGGUAACAAAUUAGACACCUUCUGCGGAUCGCCACCUUACGCCGCGCCGGAACUCUUUCAAGGAAAGAAGUACGACGGCCCGGAAGUGGAUGUAUGGUCGUUGGGUGUAAUCCUGUACACUUUGGUAUCCGGCUCACUGCCUUUCGAUGGUUCGACGUUGAGAGAAUUGAGGGAAAGAGUGUUAAGAGGGAAAUAUAGGAUCCCGUUUUAUAUGUCCACCGACUGUGAAAAUCUUCUCAAAAAAUUCUUGGUGCUCAACCCGACGAAGAGAGCCUCACUAGAGAACAUAAUGAAAGACAAAUGGAUGAAUAUGGGAUAUGAGGAUGACGAAUUAAAGCCGUACUUAGAACCUGAACCUGAUUAUAGAGAUCACAAGAGGAUAGGUGAGUCUACCAAGGCCCUAGCCAGUCUGGGAUACACUCGAAGCGAAAUAGAAGACUCCUUAGGACAAGCCAAGUAUGACGAUGUAUUCGCCACGUAUCUGCUCCUAGGCAGGAAAACGACAGAUCCCGAAAGCGAUGGGUCACGGUCGGGUAGUUCGCUGUCGCUGCGUAACAUUCCACCUCAAGUCGGCUCAGGUGGUGGAGGAGGAAGCAGCGGAGGAACAGGCGGUGCAGUACAAAGCCCAUCGCAUAGAGGUGUUCACAGAAGUAUUUCUGCUAGCAACCCAAAACCCAGUAGACGGGCCUCGUCCGGUGGUGAGACUCUUCGAGGCGCACCCAGUCCGGGUAAUGCAACGAAUCACAAUCACGCGACCGCGGCAACUGGCAGCACCGUGACUGGAAGCGGCGGUAGUAAUUUUAAACGGCAAAACACCGUGGACGCAGCCACAAUCAAGGAAAAUAGCGCUCGUGUCUCAGCAAGCAGACCAUCCGCACCUAAGAACAGUCCCGGACAAUUAGAUACUAUGACGAUGUUCAUUCUAGGCGUGGGUACAAGUCCUGGUGGUAAAGCAAGGGUAGGCAAGAGCAACACUAUGAACGCAGGGGUAGGUGGUGGUCGGCCUCUCACCUCACCUGCUCCUGGUUCUGUUGGUCGACGUAGUACCAUCUCCUAUGAUCAAGCGAAAACGUCAUCUUCAUCCACUGAAAGAACCAACGAAGUACCCAGUCUGGGCGAGGGCACUAGAUCAACGCGGGGUCACACGAAGUCUGCGAGCAUCAGCGCAGGUCACCGUUCCUCAAGUGGCGUACCCCCCAGCGACCAUUCACUACUGGACCCUCAACCACGCAACAACUCCUUACUCGCCACUGCUGACCCCCUUAGGCAGAGCUUGGGUGUAUCCGCAAGCAAUAGACUGCCCACAGCCACUACACCAGCAUUUCCACGGAAUGUUCCGAGUCGCAGUACGUUCCAUUCUGGCCAAAACCGAGCACAGCGAAAUCACACUCAGGGUCACACGCAAACGCAGGACACGAAUGCAAUUAGCCCUCUAGCGAGGCCGUCCUUCUUCUCGAAAUUAUCCUCGAAGUUCUCCAAACGCCCCAUGGACCCAUCCGUACCCCCCAAGCACCCAGUAGUGAGCGGAGCUACCACUAACGACGAACAGGUUAAACCACGCAGUCUACGCUUCACAUGGAGUAUGAAGACUACCAGUAGUCGAGACCCUAACGAAAUUAUGUCUGAGAUCCGAAAGGUCCUGGAUGCCAAUAAGUGCCAGUAUGAGCAACGCGAGCGAUUCCUCUUGCUCUGCGCGCACGGCGAGGCAGCGACGGACAGCCAAGUGCAGUGGGAGAUCGAGGUGUGCAAGCUGCCGCGGCUCUCCCUGAACGGAGUGCGGUUCAAGCGUAUCUCCGGCACAUCGAUCGGUUUCAAAAAUAUCGCCAGCAAGAUCGCGAACGAGCUCAAGCUGUGACUGUCGGCCACAGGCGCCCUAGCCGCCCGCGCCAAUCCAUAACGACCUCGUGAGCGCAGCCACCAAGUGGCGGUCACCGAGGAGUUUUACUAUUGUUUCUUCUGGGACUCCGACUCCGAAUCUGAUACCCGAGAGAUAUUCGUUUAACGAUUCCUCCGUCCCAGUCGACGAGCGUCGUCGUCAGGUGAGAAUGAGAGGGAGAGAACGAGAACGAGAGAACGAUAGAGAGAAAGAACGAACGAAAGAGAGAGAGAAAGAAGCGAGCGAGAGAGAAAAAGGAGAGACAGAAAAAAGAAAGACGCGUGCCCUCACCAUCUCCUCUGCGUUGGAGGUACCGCUGUAACAAUUCUUUGAGGAAAGUCCGAAACUGUGAUCUGUGACGGCUAAUACGUAUUCAAAUACUCCCGAGUGCCAAAAUGGAGAACUAGGUCGGGUCCUCGUAACGCCUCGAGAGAGAGAACGAAAAAGUGCGAGAGAGAGAGAGAGAGAAAGUGCGAAAGCGUGUGUAUGAGAGAGAGAGAAAGAGAAACGGACCAGCUUACUUACCGACUGUACGAAAAAGCUGGAUUUAGACACGAUAAUCUACGUCUAUUAGUUUCAAAUUUUUGUUGUUGAUAAACGGGGAAACGUGCGAAAGUAAUAACGCUUCAUCAAAUCGUUGACCCACCCUUCCCACCCGCUCGAUUUUUGAGCAGUCUAGACCUUUUAAUCGCGAACUACUCGCUUCGUUUUCUGAACAGUAUUAUCUGUCUUAUGUAUUCUUGAUGUUGAAGUUGUCUGCACUCGAAUCAGUAUGUCUUCGGAACGCGCUUUUAUCGCAUGCGCUGUGUGUUGCUCCAUCGUAAAACGCUGAAAUUACAAGGGGUACACACGCCGUCGAAAUAGCUGUAAUAUUCUUUUUCCACUAGCAUCAAUCGAAAAGUGUUAAAGCUAUUUCGACGGGAUGUGUACAAGUUGGAAUGAAAUUCAAAUUGGAAACGUCAAAUGUGCCUAAUGAAGCAUCAUUCAUGUCGUUCACCUUUCUCACGGGAAAAGUGUUCCUUAUACAGUAAACUAACGCGAUCAUUUUACCAUCUUACGAGAGGUAGAGGAAUGUGACAGCUCAUCUGCAACGUCAAGACAUUACUCUGUAACUUCCCGUUUCCUCUGAUCUUACGUUUUAUACGUGAAACCUUACAACAGGCAGGUUUUGUCUCUGAAAAAGAGUUCAACGUAUUUCGCAAAACCCGUCGAGAGAAAGAAAGAGAGAGAGUGUGUGUGUGUGUGAGAGCGAGCGAGAGAGAAAGGGGGAUACGUAGCGUUCUGUCGAUUAAGAAUCUACCUUCAUUCAUCGACACGUUAGCCGGAAGUAAUGAAUUGAACUAUUUUAAUGUUGCACGAGUGUGCAGCCGCUUACUUCUUUUCGAACAUUUUUACGAUACUUUACUUUUCUUUUUUAUCUGUAGUAUAAGUUUGAAAAUACACAUGCACUAUAGACAUUAGCCAAUUAAUUAAAACAUAAUAAUUAUUGUUAAUAUAAUAUUUUUAUUUCUAUCAUAGACGAGAAACAAGUAAUAUAGUACGCGAUGUUAUAUGAAGGUAGAAACAGAGGAGUUAAUUAACAUAAUUUAGGGAUACCAUCGAGUUAUUACUCGCGUUUCAUGUGAAUAAUACACACAAGUACUUCAUUCACACAGAGAGUUGGAAUUACAAUCUAAACUACAUUCAGUAAUAACGAGAUCUGUUAUUUCUACAAAGGAGAUAAACGAUAAUGUUAAAUUUAAGUAUUGUAAUUGGCUAUACUGUACUACUUAAUCUUUUCAUUCGCAGAGGUAUUCGCAGUUUCGAGUGACGUAAAAUUAGGGAUUUUACCGUAAACACGUAGAGGCGAAGUAGAGAGAGACUUGGUGUGUAUAUAAAUAUUAUAUUACGAAGGUACUAAAUUAAUAAGGCGAGAUACGAGAGAGCAGGAGAGAGAGCCUCACACACCAAGAUCAUAAAUACACUUCGGAACUCAAGUAUCAACAAACUUUUUAUAUUUGCCUAAGAUUAAUGAAGUAUGUUACUAAAUAGGCAAUGACUAAUUUAUUUACAUACUAUAAACUCAAUGAUUUUUCACAUUUCUAACACUUGCUACACUGAACUACAGAGUAACUUCAGCGCACGACACCGUGUACGAUCCGUGUACAUCGUGUUGCGAAUCGUGAAACGACUGAUAGCAACUAAGUAUCGGCGCCAAUUGUCUGUAUCGAACAUCUUGACGAAAAAAAAUCUAAGUGCUAAUGAUUAACGCGCAGAGCACUGGCAUCGGGACUUAUCUUCUUUACGUAUAUCACCAUACAGUUUCGUGUCGUGUCGGAUUACUCCAUGAACCAAUAAGCAAGAUAAUGUAAUAUAAUGAUAGAGUAAUAAUGUUACCGAUUUACAAGACGAGAGUCGAGAGUUAAAAUGCAACAUUAUUCACGCCCCUCGAGAAAGAGAAGCCCAAUCACUGUUAUAUAGGGAAUUAUAGUGCGGAGAAGAUAUAUAACGACCGAGAGUUUCUUUUCUCCAUCUGUUCCUGCAUCAGAGAUCAGAGUUAGUAUAUCGAGUACAAUAUUGAACGUCGUUAUCGCCAUCGUGUAAAAAAACAGAAUAUGAGAAGGAGAAGGAUGAGAAAAAAAACAGGUAAAAGGAAGCAGAUUGUAAUUCGGAAGCGGUCGUUGUAACAAAAUGACUCUAGAGUUACACACCAUAAUAGCGAUUAUUAUUAAUGUUAACGUAAGGUCCCUGAAAUAGCGUUAAAUAAUGGUAUAUCCCCGGCAUAUAGGCGAAUUAAUUAUACACCAUAAUCUAUACAUAAACCCACCCCUACGCUCGCUUGCUUUACGAAAUAAAUGUAUAAAUUAAUGAUCGCGAGAUGCUUAAACGGAAGGAGACGUGAAAAUUUUAAGAAGACAUUCGUGAUUUUAACGUGGGGAGAAAAACUUAUCAAGACAAUUAGUGAAGAGAGAAAGAGAGAGAGAGAGAGAGCCACAGCCGCAUGGGCGACAUUGUAGAUCCAGUUCGACGUGAACGUCGAUCGUGGAGCUUUUGUGAUUUUUUUUGUAUGUAAAUGCCGUGAAACAUUUCUCUCGCGUGUGUCGCCCGUACAACUGUGCACUACUCAACACGCACAUACACGUACUCGCAACACAUUUCACACAAGAUACAUAUACAUAUAUGCAUAAACACGAAACAGCAUAAAAAAAAACACGGCACACACAUGUCAAUCUCUGUAGAUAGAUACAUACAUACAGCUUUGCUAAGUGUUUUCUGGUGAUCGGUAUCUAGCCAAAAUGUAGCAAAACGUUUAUAAUAAAAUGGUAACACGCAUUGUUCCCCGAUUCACA